AUGGGGAUUAAAAAUGUCAUUUUUAGGUCUGCAGAUGGUGCAGAUAAAUUGUUGAUGUUCUUCGGGAGCUUAGGCAGCAUUGGAGAUGGAAUGCAGUACCCUCUCACCAUGUUUGUACUCAGUGAUGUGAUCAAUGAUUAUGGAAACUCGAAUACUGUCUCAUUAUCUAAUCAUACAGUUGACAUGCAUGCACUUAGGUUGCUUUAUGUCGCGAUUUUCGUUGGAUUUUCCUCCUUUGUUGAAGGAAUUUGCUGGACAAGAACCGCGGAGAGACAAACUUCUAGAAUGAGACUGGGAUAUCUCAAAUCUGUUCUCAGACAGGAUGUAAGUUUCUUUGACACACAAGCUGCUGAUUCUUCCACAACUUUCAAAGUUGUCUCAACCAUAUCUUCGGAUGCCAAUUCAAUUCAAGUUGCAAUAUGCGAGAAGAUACCUGAUUGCCUUGCAUAUUUGUCAACAUUCUUCUUUUGCUUGCUAUUUUCAUUUAUUUUGUCAUGGAGACUUGCAUUGGCAGCUCUUCCCUUCACCCUUUUGUUCAUUGUUCCGGGGCUUGUUUUCGGGAAGCUCAUGAUGGAUGUGAUAAUGAAGAUGAUUGAAGCUUAUGGGGUUGCUGGUGGAAUUGCAGAACAAGCAAUUUCCUCCAUAAGAACAGUAUAUUCAUAUGUAGCAGAGAAUCAAACAUCGAAUAGAUUCAGUUCUGCUCUUGAGAAGACACUGGAACUGGGAAUUAAGCAAGGUUUCGCAAAGGGUUUGAUGAUGGGGAGUAUGGGAGCCAUUUACCUUGGCUGGGCUUUUCAAGCUUGGAUUGGAAGUUACUUAGUCACUAACAAAGGAGAAAAAGGAGGCUCUAUCUUUGUAGCUGGGAUUAAUGUCAUCAUGGGUGGAUUGAGCAUCUUGGGUGCACUCCCUAAUCUAACUGCCAUUACUGAGGCAACAGUUGCUGCAACUCGAAUCUUCGAAAUGAUUGACCGGGUUCCAUCUAUAGAUACAGAAGACAAAAAGGGAAAGGCUUUAUCAUAUGUGAGAGGAGAAAUUGAAUUCAAAGAUGUCCAUUUUAGUUACCCAUCAAGGCCCGAUACACCAAUCUUACAAGGGUUGAAUUUAAAGAUCCCUGCAGGUAAGUCUGUAGGUCUUGUUGGGGGUAGUGGGUCUGGCAAGUCUACAACUUUUGCUUUGCUCCAAAGAUUUUAUGACCCCAUUGAAGGAGAAAUAUUCUUGGAUGGGUCCAAGAUCAGAAGACUUCAACUAAAAUGGUUGAGAUCUCAGAUGGGUCUGGUUAAUCAAGAACCUAUUCUCUUUGCCACAAGUAUUAAAGAAAAUAUACUAUUUGGGAAAGAAGGAGCAGCUUCAAUGGAUGAUGUGAUAAAUGCAGCUAAGACUGCAAAUGCACAUGAUUUCAUCACCAAGUUUCCAGAUGGAUAUGAAACUCAAGUUGGCCAGUUUGGUUUCCAGAUGUCUGGUGGGCAAAAGCAAAGAAUUGCCAUAGCAAGGGCUCUGAUCAGAGAUCCAAAAAUCUUGUUACUGGACGAAGCUACCAGUGCGUUGGAUGCACAAUCUGAGCGAUUAGUACAACAGACAAUUGAUCAAGCAUCUGUAGGAAGGACAUCAAUCAUCAUUGCCCAUCGUCUUUCCACGAUAAGAACAGCAAACUUGAUAUGUGUUCUUCAAGCUGGCAGAUUAAUUGAAUCGGGUUCACAUAACAAGCUUAUGGAAAUCAACGGAGAAUAUGCUAAGAUGGUAGAGUUGCAGCAAGCAGCAUUGCAAAAUGAAGCUUCAAGUGAUACCAGUAAUCAAAUGGAAGUGAGAAAUCAGUAUAGAAUUAGUGUUGCAGCGAGUCCAAUGAGUUUUAUACCAAGUGUACCAAAUACUCCAGUGAUAAACCCCCUUAGCCCUGCAUUAUCAAUUGGCACACCCUAUUCUUACUCCAUACAGUAUGAUCCUAAUUUUGAUAGUUUUGACGAAAACUUGAAACAACUAACUAAUCGUCGUCCCUCCCAAUGGCGUCUGCUGAAAAUGAACGCACCCGAAUGGGGAAGGGCCAUAGUUGGAUGUGUGGCUGCAAUUGGGUCAGGAGCAGUUCAGCCUAUAAAUGCCUACUGUGUCGGAUCACUUAUAUCAAUUUACUUCCGCCCCAAGAAAAGUGAAAUCAAGUCCGAAACAAGAACUUUAUCAUAUGUUUUCCUUGGAAUUGCUGCUCUCAACUUCACCUCCAGCUUGCUUCAACAUUACAAUUUUGCUGUUAUGGGAGAGAAAUUGACCAAAAGGGUAAGGGAGAAAAUGCUGCAAAAGCUGAUGACUUUCGAGGUAGGUUGGUUUGAUGAAGAAGAAAACACAAGUGCAGCCAUUUGCACAAGGCUAGCCACCGAAGCCAACAUGGUUAGGUCCCUUGUUGGGGACAGGAUGUCAUUGUUGGUUCAAGCCAUUUUCGGAUCUAUCUUUGCUUAUGCAGUGGCUCUUAUACUAAAUUGGAAGUUGUCUCUGGUGAUGAUUGCAGUGCAGCCAUUAGUGAUCGGGAGCUUUUACGCGAGAAGUAUGGUGACGAAGAGUAUGGCUAGCAAAGCUCAAAAAGCACAAAAAGAAGGAAGUCAGUUAGCAAGUCUUGGCCUUUUUAGCUCUCAAUUUUUCAACACAGCUUCUACAGCAUUAGCCUACUGGUACGGAGGGAGACUCUUAACGCAAGGUCUAAUAUCACCAGAGCACCUUUUCCAAGCAUUUUUGGUAUUGGUAUUCUCUGCAUAUAUCAUUGCUGAAGCUGGAAGCAUGACCAAUGAUUUAUCCAAGGGAAGCAAUGCUGUUGCAUCAGUUUUGGCAAUCCUUGACAGGAAAAGUGAGAUUGACCCGGAACACAUGUGGGGGUUAGAUAUAAAGAAAGAAAUAAAAGGUCGUGUAGAUUUAAAAAAUGUUUUCUUUGCAUACCCCUCCAGACCUGAACAGAUGAUUUUCAAGGGCUUGAGCCUUAGAAUUGAUAUAGCAAGAACAAUGGCAUUAGUGGGGCAGAGUGGCUCUGGUAAAUCUACCAUUAUUGGACUUAUUGAGAGAUUUUAUGACCCAUUAAAGGGAUCAGUUUUGAUAGAUGGUCAGGACAUUAAAAACUAUAACUUGAAAAUGUUAAGAACGCACAUUGCACUAGUCAGUCAGGAGCCAACACUAUUUGCUGGAACUAUCCGUGAAAACAUUGCUUAUGGGCGAGAAGAUUCAACAGAAUCUGAGAUUAAAAGAGCUGCAGUUCUCGCCAAUGCUCAUGAAUUCAUAAGUGGAAUGACAGAUGGGUAUGACACGUAUUGUGGAGAAAGAGGAGUUCAGCUCUCGGGAGGUCAGAAACAAAGGAUUGCAAUCGCUCGUGCCAUACUCAAGAAUCCAGCAAUCAUGCUACUAGACGAAGCAACAAGUGCACUUGAUAGUAUAUCUGAAAGCUUAAUUCAAGAAGCACUUGAGAAUGUCAUGGUUGGAAGAACUUGUGUGGUUGUUGCACAUAGACUAUCAACAAUACAGAAAUCGGAUUCCAUAGCUGUUAUCAAGAAUGGAAAAGUUAUCGAACAAGGAUCACAUAAUGAACUGAUUUCUUUAGGCCAUGAUGGAGCGUAUUACAGAUUCGUUAAAUUGCAAAACAGCGAUACAUCUCCUUAUCGAUCAAUCUGA